AUGAAUGUCGAAUGCCUUUUCGAUUUCGAUUACAGUUUUAAUUGGUUAAUUCGAAUUCUUUCUUUUCAGUCUCCGCACAUCAUUCCCAAUUCUUUCUUUUCAGUUUCGACACAUCGUUUUCAAUUCUCUCUUUCAGUUUCGGCAAAUCGUUUUCAAUUCUCUCUUUCAGUUUCGGCAAAUCGUUUUCAAUUCUCUCUUUCAGUUUCGACACAUCAUUUUCAACUCUCUCUUUCAAUUCGACAAAUCAUUUUCAAUUCUCUCUUUCAGUCUCGGCAAAUCGUUUUCAAUUCUCUCUUUCAGUCUCGACAAAUCAUUUUCAAUUCUCUCUUUCUAUUUCAACACAUUCAAUUCUCUCUUUCUAUUUCAACACUUAAUUUUCAAUUCUCUCUUUCAGUUUGGGCACUUCAGUUUCAAUUCAUUAAUAAUACAAAGGGUUUCGGCGUUAUUUCAACUUGA